CUGUGGUUCUUGCACGUGUGGCCCUCACUGCAACAAGAGAUGCGGACACAAGAAGUUCUCGCUGCUGUUCUCCAACCUAUUCUCCAACUGAUCUCUGACAUCUCCACGGAUGAGUACGAGAACAUCGUCCUCCCUCACUUCAGAGUGGUGUUCAACCUGCCCAAGAGCAUCCAGGCAUCCGUCACCCUCCUGGAGAACAUCCACAUAAUCUUGGAGAAGACGCCACAGGAAGACAUCACGACCGACAUUCUGCCCAUCAUCUACUCUGGCCUCGAGUCAUCCACCGUCCAAGUGCAGGUGGCUGCGGUGGUGGCGGCCAGCAAUGCGUCAGAGUAUCUGGACGCUGAUGCCAUCAAGAAGACAGUUCUGCCCAGGACGAAGGCCAUCUAUGAAAAGAACCCCACUGACGUCGCUCUCUGCCUCACCGUGUUGGGCUGUAUAGAGCGGAUACUGGACAAGCUGGAGCGCACCGCCAUCAUAGACGACGUCCUGCCCAUCCUCAGCGAUGUCAAGCUACAAGAUGCUGAUGUCACUGUGAAGGUUGUAAACAUCUACCGGCUGAUGCUAGGGGUGAAAAAGUUUGGUCUGAGUGUCAACCUGCUGGCCACCCGCAUCUUGCCCUCACUCCUGCCCCUCACCAUUAGUCCCUCACUCAACCUCCUCCAGUUUAGCUUCCUCCUCCAGACCAUACAUGAGAUGCUCGACCACAUCGACAAACAACAGCGGAACAAGUUGAAGCUGGACAACCUGAGUCUAGCGAGCAGCCCGGGAGAGAAGCGUUUGCUGCGCCACCAACUGAGCUCAGACAACAUGUCUCUCUCGCCCUUCUCCCCAGUGCCCAAUGUGAAGAUCCAGGACACCCGCAUGUCCUCCAGUGCCGAGGACUUCCUCUCUCGCCGGGGGUCGUCAGGUAUAGGCUUCAUGGGAUACUCCUUCUCAGGUCCCUCGUCACCGGAUUCCAACCUACUUCGUGUCCAAUCAGCAACCAUUGGCCGUCGACUGUCAGACAACGAGUUAAUGAUGCCUCCAAAGAUUCGUGUAGCUCAUUCCUCUGCCUCCUCCCCUGGCGAGACAUCCACAGGCUCUCUGCCAAUCAGGAGACACUCAAGUAUUGGUCCAGAACGACGUGGGUCCUAUUGCAUGAAUCUUUCGCCUCCAACACCGACACGCCCUCGACGCUCGCUGGAUCUGCAUUACUCACAAGCGCUGUCGCGCACCUUGACAAAGUCCCAGUCUUUUUUAAAGAACUCCUCCAUUGCCAAUGCCAGCAAGAGUGUACCUAUGUUGCUGACUCCUUCACCGGUCUCCAACCUGGGUUCUCGGAGGCAAUCAACGUGUUCCAUCAACUCACUAAGUGGUAUAGAGUCUAGGCGGUCCUCCACGGCCUCGGUCAGCAAUCCCUUAGGGUCAUCGUACAAGUCUCACCGUCGGCCCUCAGCCCUCAUCUCAAACUCCGCAAGCGGUAACCUCCUGCAGCAGUUGUCAGCCGGCGUGGUGAGUACAUAUCAACUCUUCUCAAGCAAGUCAUAAACUUGAUUUGAACACCAUAGAGGAGGCUUGUGGCUAGUCGACCAGAUGCUUCACUUCAUUGGGUUAAGAAAUCCUGUAUUCUCGCUGGUUGAUGAAAUUUUUCAAAAUGAAAAGAUUAUGCCAUAACUGGCCAAUAGGAUUGUCCUCCCUCAUUGGCAAAAAAAAGACUGCAUUUUCAUUGGUCGACAUUGCUUUCUGAUGUAUCAGAAAUUGACCAGUAGGAGAUGAGCCAUUCUCCUUCCUCAAAAUGUGAUUAACUGACAUGAAGUCUGUCACUGCUGCUGUGAUUGGUUUUAUGUUUACACCGCUCAACUCGACCAUUAGACUCGGCACAGUCAAGUCAUAGUGAGUGGAAAUGUGUAGUAAGGAUUGUUUUAUGGUGGUCCCAAGUGUUUGGGUGGUGGGAUAGCUUUUAUUGUGGCACAGAUUUACCAUUGUUCUAUUAACUACUAAACUGUUUGCUCUGUGGCAUAAAUUGUUCAAGCCCUUCUCAUUCAGCUACAUAAUUCCUAGUUCUUAGGAUAUAUGAAAUCAUUAUCCUUAUCACCUAUCCUUACAAUUCACCACUUAGAUGGUGUGUGUGUGUGAUAUAUAUAUAUAUAUAUAUAUAUAUAUAUAUAUACCUGUUAGCCGGAACAAUUGGUGCUGAGCACUUCCGGGAAUGAGGGAUUUCCGGGUAACGAGACGACUCUGUCAGAGUUGGAAAAACUCUCAUCCCCGUAAUUUUCUGGGUAACGGAAAAAUGUUCCUGGAUGUUCCAGAAAUUGCCCCUUACAUCAUCUCUCAAACCCGUAAAAA